AUGUACUCUGAUCUUGAGUGUGAUUACAUUAACCCCAUCGAACUCUGCAACAAGUUGAACCCGUACUUCUUGCCUGAAGCCGCUCUUCAAGGUUUCUUGGCUAUUUUGUUCUUGGUCAAUGGCUUUUGGUUCCCCUUCUUGCUCAAUUUGCCCUUGUUGGCUUACAACGUCCGCAAGUUUAUGAACAAAAACCAUCUUUUGGAUGCGACCGAGAUCUUCCGUACAUUGUCGAAGCAUAAGAAGGAGUCAUUCAUGAAGUUGGGUUUCCACCUCAUCAUGUUUUUCUUCUAUCUUUACCGUAUGAUCAUGGCAUUGGUCAAGGAAGAUAGUUAG